AUGGCAGAAGCAUUGGGCACGGCGGUUGGGGUAGUCUCUCUUGGAUUACAAGUCUCACAGGGUAUUGUCUCUUAUUAUUCAGCCUAUCGCGAUCAAGCUGAAGAAAUUGACGGUAUUGCGCAAAGAACGCAAGCACUUCACACCACGCUCAAACAUUUACAAGCAAGCCUGAGAAGUCUUCAUUCAAAUCAUACAUCAGCUGUAACCCUAGUUGCAGCAACCGUCGCCUCAUGCGCAGACAAUAUCAAGACUCUCGAAACAACUCUUCAGAAAUGUCAACUCAGCGUGCCCAUUGGUACGAGAGAGAAGAUCUGUUUCCUCGGCAAGAAAGCAGUUUUUCCUUUCCGUCAAGCCACCCUACAAAGACUGGAGAAUAUCGUCGGCAAGCUACAGGCUAAUGUAGAUAUGGCCAUCAUGGCUCUGCAACUUGAGGUCUCUUGCAAAAUAUCGGAGCAGACAUCAAAUAUUGUUACAACAUCGGCUAUUACAACGGCUGGCAUAGACUUCAUUGUAAAAGAACUUCAGAGUUUGAAUGCGAGCUUCACGCAUAUUGAUGCCGUUCUCCCAACAUUGAAAGAUGUCAUGGAUAGACAUCUUCAACAUGGUAUCAGAUCUAGAUCAUUGAACCAGUACAUGGUUCAAGAACUUUCAAAUGUCAGAAUGGCGCUCCAAGACGUGCCGGAAGUCGUCGAGCAAGCAACUUCGCGAGCAUUGAAAUCAAAUAAAAAACAACACGCGGCGACUGUGGAUAACAUUUCUUCGAAAGUUUCUUCAAAAGCUUUAGUUACUGAUAGUGAUGAGCCGGCAUUCGAAACAGUAAUACGCAAAGUUGCAAGAAGUAGAUGUCCCUGUCAAUCCAAGGCUCUUUUGAAAGGAAAAUACAGCUACUGGUCCUUUUCAACGAGAUCUUUGCAGUUUCUACGAUCAAGGAUAGAUUCUAGUUGUCGCCGGCCGGAUUGCCCAUCAAGAUCCUAUUUCGAAAGGAAAAAUACUUGGGAGCUCACUUAUUCUCAUUGCAGUCGGUUAUUCUCAGGAAUCCUUCGAGCGAGGCUAUGUAUCAUCUCCACAGCAGGGUCUCUACUCUCGAUUUCUCCGAAUCUUACUUUUCGUAGGAUAGUAUCUUCAAAGUCGCCGGUCUUCAAAUUAAUGAACGACAUUCGAGGAAGAGCAUACAAGGUAGAUUCCAUUGGAGUUUGUUUGGAUAUGGAUGAUGUCACCAUUCAGAUUGGCAAAAUGCUUGCAAACGGCCAGGCUUCAUUAACCGACGUCAAUAGACGUGGUGAAUCUAUUCUUCAUAUGGGUUGUUUAAUCGCUGAGGAUCUGGAACUUACAAAUGCUAAGGUGUUUCAAUCUUACAAACGUUUCCUGAGGUUUCUUGCCGUCAAUACCCCGGGUACUAUGGUAAACGACACAAAUAUCAACGGAGAACGACCCCUCGAGAUUCUUUUUGGCUCCAAGGUUCUUGGAUAUUAUCAUCCAGAGGUACCUGAUCUAUGCUUAGAAUUGAUAGAUAGCAUGGGAUUGGAGCUGUCUGAUUCCUGGUUGGAGAAUCAAUUAAUCGUUCCAGGUUGUCGAUGGUGGGAUAAUUAUUGUAGGCAUCUGGCGAUGUCUCUCUCAAGCUUUAGAGACGUUCCUGAAAUACUUGGCUUUCACUGUGGAGCUCUUAGUUCUGCUAUUUUGCAGAGAUCGGAAGACAGAAUGCUACAAAUUCUAGCCAACUUCCCGGAUAGUGCUCACGAGCGGAAUACCAUGGGUCAGACUCCACUACAUCUAUCUUCUGAUUGGCCAAUUGGGAUAUCUCAUCUCUUGCGUAUAGGCGGGCAAAGUUUGGUCAAGGAGCAAGACUGCAUGGGAUAUCUUCCUAUCGCUUAUGCUUUGUACUCAAAGUGUUUACCAGCUGUCCAAUUACUCCUAAAUGCCGACAGCCCGCUACAUUCUUUUCGCGCAGAUACGAACAACGAUACAUUGAACGAUGCUAUAUUUUUUCGUGCCGAGGACGUUUUCCUUGAUGCAUUGCGCUCAAGCUCGAAGGAUAUUAUAAUUUGCAUGAUAGAUUCUCUCGUCGAUCGCAGAAAUCGGCUCUGCCAAUUGGCCUUUCAGAACUUGCCAACCUCAAAAACGGAUAAACUUCCAAUCUCAGGUGAUCAUGUAUUGGAUCUUCAUGCAAGCUCUACCUGCGUUCUUCUGAAGGUAUUUGGCGUCGAUAUACCUCCAGCCUUACAGAUCCCCGAGGAAUACGAGACAAUAUAUCAUCUACUAUUCGUGUACGAUAUAUAUCUCCGAGAAUAUGCAAUACCAAGAGUUGAGAUAGCAGAAAUGUUUUACAACGCUGGAUUUCGUGAGAUGGAAGAGUACCAUUGUUUCGAUUCCAAGAGAACCUUGUUGAUGCUAACGUGGACCGAUCACGAUACGUCUCCAAGUGAAAUGAUGGACAAGUUCAAAUUACUUGGGUGGCUAAUCCAGAAAGGAGCAGAUCUCCAUAGCGCAAAGAGAAUAUUGCAAGGAGACCGACGAAUUCCAUGGACUCCAGCCGCCCACUUUAUUGUUGCAAGUCUUCUUAUCAAGGAUCUUUGGAUUAUCACAAUGGAAGAAAUAAAUCUACUGCCAAAUGGCCACCCUGAAAAUUUAUCUUCUCAAUCUGAGGUCAGAGAGGUCAUGUUUAAGGUUCUAACAACUUCGACAGCUGAUCCAUGUAUAUGCGCAUGUUCAAAAUCGGGAUGUACAGCACUCACCAUAUUGCUCAAGCAAACUACCUUGGAGCUCGAUGAAGAAGAGAUCAUAAGUGUUUUUACUGAUCUCAGCGAAGAAGGGUUUUCUCUCGAUUCGACUUACUGGAUAAUGCGUGCCUCCAUUAUGUUUCUGCUCCAAUUCAUAGGUACCGAUAACGAUGUCUGGAAAAUACUGGCCCCCGAAAUAAUUCGCUUUGCAACUUUCACGAUUUUAGAACUUACGCAUACCUGCUGUGUUUAUCACCCUUACUCUGAGGGCUCACCUCCUCAUCACUUCAUCCCUUUCGAUAUUGGAGACCAUCAUGAUAUCCAAGAGGAAGAAUCUGCCCAAAUCGAAGAACUUGAAAUAUUAGUUAAGGAUUUCGAAAGCAAGUACAUCGAGCUUGCCCAGCCAAUUCUAAAGUUCUUCGACGGAUACUGGCGCUCUCGCAUGCUGGAUUACGAUAUCAUUAAUACGAAGCCAUAUACUCAAGAUGAACUCGAGAAGAUUCGAGAACUUGGUGUUAAGAUUUGA